AUGUCUGAGCUGCUUCCGCUGACGAGCCCCACGUCGCCACUUGGCAUAGGCAAUGGACAUUGGGUCGUUGCCCCAUCUGCGGCCAAGCAGGCUUGGCAACGUCAGAAGGAGCUGUACGGUCCUCAAGAUAAAGGACACCCGAGUGACACCAAAAGCGAGAGCCCUUAG